AUGAAUCUUCCUGGCAAUCAGCCCGAACUAACCUUUGCUUCCGAUCUGACUUCCUCAGGCUUCUAUCAAGCCUUCGUCACCAUCGACAAGUUCCUCAAACACUCCUUCGAAUCAAGGAUCUUAUUGGAGCCGGCUAAGCUGGCCAAAAAUGCCGACCAACUCUCCGAACGAAGGACCGAACUUCAAACCUUCAGGGCCGUCUUUCCCACCUCUCAAAACUCUACCCUGCUCAUCAAAAAACACGGCCGGUUCGGAAGAGAAGAGGCUACGAUCGACCAAUUCCUCGAGAGUGACAAAUGCAAAGAACUUCCAAAGCUCAAGUCUACCAUGUUCCGCGGUCAAUUGACGCGCCAACCAUCAACCCGGACGAAAAAAGCUACAUCGCAGCUCGAAAACGAUAAGCCGAGCACGUCGACGGGAAAAAACAAACAUCAGUCCAGAGGGUCGCCCGCCACCACCCUGGAUUCAGGCGGCGGACACAAGAGCAAGCGGGCCGUCUCCACAGGAUCGCCGGCGAUCCGCAAAGACGACCCCGACUCAACCCAUCAUCUCGACCCCUUCCUCAGAGGAGACCCAUUGUCAUCUCUCGGAAAAGUUCGAAAACGAAUCCAAUAA